AUGCCGGGCCGGGCGGAGCCGUCGGGGGGCCGCGCGGCGGUGCCGGUGCCGCUUCCCGUCGCGGUGGCGGCGGCUCCGGGCCCGGCGUCGGUUCGCAGCGCCCUCCCCGAGCGGUCGGCGCGUCCGGGAGGAGCGGGGCUGCGGGCCAAGGGCUUCGCCAUCACCGACCUGCUGGGGCUGGAGGCCGAGCUGCAGCCCCCCGCCGGGGCCGCUCCCGGGCCCGCCAGCGGCUACGAAGGCGGCGGGGCUUUGGGGCUGGGGCUGGGGCUGCUGUGCGGCUUGGCGGGUCCCGGAGCCCCCUGCCUGCUGCCCGCUCCGCUGCCGCUGCUGCCCGCCCGCGGCCCCCGGGGCGCUCCUCCCGGGCCGCCGCCCGCCGCCCGUCGCCACAAGGAGAGCGCCUCCGAUGAGGACAGCCUGUCCGGGGACGCCAGCGAGCUGAAGAUGCCGACUUCGCAGAUCAAGAGGAAGAAGCGGCGGCACAGGACGGUGUUCACGGCCCAUCAGCUGGAAGAGCUGGAGAAAGCGUUCAACGAAGCUCACUACCCCGACGUCUACGCCAGGGAGAUGCUGGCGGUGAAGACGGAGCUGCCCGAGGACCGCAUCCAGGUUUGGUUUCAGAACCGAAGAGCCAAGUGGCGGAAGCGAGAGAAGUGCUGGGGCCGGAGCAGUGUGAUGGCUGAAUAUGGCCUGUACGGAGCCAUGGUGCGGCACUCCAUCCCUCUGCCCGAGUCCAUCAUCAACUCCGCCAAGAGUGGGCUGGUGGGAUCCUGCGCCCCGUGGCUGCUGGGCAUGCACAAGAAGUCCAUGGAGGUGAGCAGGAAGGCAGAGAGCCAGGAGAAGCCGGCAGAUGGGUGGCAAGCGGAGCAGGAUGGAGAGGAACUCCAAGGGAAGCAGGCCAGUUCCCAGAGGAGCUCUGAAAAGCUCGGCCCUGCGAAAGAUCCUGAAGAUACAGCCAUCGACCUGUCCAGGACAGCCAAGCAGGAGAAAAGGAGCGUACUGAGACAGUGCAUCAAUGGGGACCCCACCACGGAGCAGAAGGACAGGGACCACUGAGCUUGGGCCACCGUGGAAGAGGCCAGAGCUCACAGCUUUCUGGGGAGAUCAGAAUAUUUAUUGGUUUAUUGAUAUA